ACACUAAAACCUGCUGCUCCACCUGAACGGAGUCACACUCAGGCAGGUUUCAGGUCGUGUCCUCACCAUGUCAGAAGAAUGCAGCAGAACUGUGGACGAUUUGAGGACCUUACUCAAGUCCAUCAAAGAAGUCGAUACUCAGCAAAGGAUGAAGUUCUACGACAACUGGGCAGAGACGUACGAACAGGAUCACCUGACGAUGGGCUACAAGGCACCAAACCAGACCGUAAAAUUCCUGUUUGAUAACUUCUCUGGGGGUCCUGAAGAACUUCAGGUUCUUGAUGUCGCCUGUGGGUCUGGAUGGGUCGCUAACCUGAUGGUUGAACUGGGCUUCAAGCACUUUGUGGGAGUGGACGGCAGUCAAGGCAUGCUGGAUCAAGCUGCUAAGACCGGCCACUAUAAGGAGCUCAAACUGGCCUUACUGGGAACAGAACCACUGCCUGCACAGACUGGUGUGUUUGAUGUGGUGAUGAUCGUUGGCGCUUUACGAGAUGGUUUUGUGCCGGUCAGCGUCAUCAGGGAGCUCUGCCUCGCUGCCAAACCAGGAGGAUAUGUUUGCAUGUCGAGAAACAACACAAAGUCAGAGUCUGGAAACAAAUACAAGGUGUCAAUGGAGAAAGAGCUGCAGCUGAUGGAGGAGGAGGGACUAUGGACUCAUGUGAUCACCAAAGAGAUGGACAAAUACAUGAUAGAUGUGUAUAAUUAUGGUGAAGGUGAGCAGAAUGAGAAAUACCUCUAUGGGACCAUGUACUUGUAUAGGAAGUCACCUAAUUAGUCACUCUGUACCUGAGUUAAUGUAUUCACUGUCCAAUGUUUGAACCAGAAUGUCAGCUCCCUCUCACCUCUUCAUGGAACUAAUGACUCUGUUGUGUCUGUUGUUGGUCGCUGUGCUUCCUCUGCUGGACGACACUGAAACACAAAGUUAUUCACCUCUUUGUUUUCUGUGUUGUGAGUAAAUGUAAUGUUUAAAACUCAUAUGAAAAACAUUCAAUAUGUUCAAUAUGUUCAUCAAAAACAAAAGGCUAGAUAUGAUAAGUUAACUCAUACAUUAAAACUAAACACAUAACAAC